AUUUACCACUUGCCGUUAAAGAUGGCGGCCAAAACAAACGUUGUAGGGUUAAGAAAAAUAACAAAACCUGUAAUAAGCACUGAUGUGAUGGGAAACAGGAAUGUAGAGAUUAGAGCAGUUGGAGCAUGGGUUCAACCAGCAUAUUCCGUUCCUUCUGAAGGCGUGGUUGCUGCAGAACAAGAGGAGGCCAGAAUUAGACAAACACAAGCAGAAAAAGAAGCAAAACUGAAAAGGUUCAGAGAGGAGGUGAAAAACCGAGUUCGGUUAUUGGAAAAAGCACGCAAACAGAAAGAACUAGAGAAGUCCUUCAGUGCUCUUGAACAAGAGCAGUGUGUUAUGCAGCAAAGUGCCUUCAGUGAAAACAUCGUACCAAGGAAAGAUAGUUGUUUGAUGAGGAAACAUGGAUCUCAUGCAAUCAAACAUACAUGCACACCUAGUGCAUAUGAGGGAAAUAUUAGAAAUAGAGAAACUUCUCCAGAACAUGCUUUUAUAGAUCACACAGCAGAGGUCCAUAAAGUAACUAGACAAGCCAGGACCAAGUUGAUUUCUAAACAGAUACUUACAGAGGACUUGAUCGCUAAUGGGUUACCAGGAGGAGAAUGGAAAAUGUCAGUCUCAAGAGAUCUGCCUACAAAAUCUUCAGCUGAAAACAAAGCUAAUGAUGCAAAAGAAGAAAGUAAAGAUGAAGGAGAAGACAAAGAAAAUGAGAGCAUAGGCCAACAGGAUAAAAUGGUCCAUUUUAAUCUACAGCCUACAUUCUAUGAGACAAAACUGAGAAAGCCUAGGUGUAAAAGUGCCCAUGCUUCUUUGGGAGGUCAGGAUUUGAGAAGAAAGCCAGUACCUGAUAUUUAUGCUGGGGUUCACAAAGAGGAGCAGAAGAAGCAGCAAAAGGUACAGCAGGCCACAUACAGACGUCUAUUUAUGGACAUAGAGCGGGAACAGGUCAAGGAAAACAUACGACGGAAGGAACAUCACAAACGUAUACAAAAAUUAAAACUUGAAAAGGAGGAGCAGAGGAGAAAUGAGGAGGAGAUGUCCUUGAGGUCAGUUGAACCUCGUGAUCCCCUUACAGGGGAAACCUCACUGGAGGCCCUUCAGAGAGAAGUAGAGGAGCAUCGGCAUGUAGUGCAAGUCAUGAGGGAAAACGAGGAGCGGAUCAAGAAAAUCAAAGAAAUGGAAAGGUUUGUUGAGGCACUAAAACAACAGUUAAAAGAAAAGAUGGAUAAACGUGGAGUAGAACUACCGCCGCUGUGUUGUUGCGGAAUGACUCUGUGGGACACCAGUCCUGACACUUGUGCUAAUAACUGUGUAUAUUACAGAAACCCCAGAGGAUAUGCUAAGGCCUUACAGUCCCUUCUGAUGACAAACGAAAUAUCAUGAGAUGUUUGAAGACUAUUGAUUUUAAUGUUGAAAUCAAAGGAACUUUCUGAUUUAUUUUAUGUGAUAAAUUGCAUUUAAAAUCAAUUUAUCUUCUUAGAAUUUUUGUUGAUAUUGUGAUGAACAAACGAAAUUGACCAUAUAUCUCUAAUGAUGGCAUGUCAGUUUCAUUUAUGUAAUUUGUACUCGACUCACUGCUGGUCUUAAGUACCAAUGUCUUAUAUCUGUCAGUAAAACAGUUUCUGUGAAACUAGAA